GUGCAUGUGUGUUUGUUACCAGCUCUCAUCAGGUUGGGUACGUUAUUUGAGGGCUUCCUGCUGCAUCCAUCUGCCUGAAACUACCAAGAACCGAACUGUCACUGUAUUUUUCAUUCAGGUUUUAACAGAGGUUAACGUUCUGGUGGAAACAGCCACUUGACAUUGCCCACACUCAGGACAUCGAAGGCAGCUCCUCAUACCUUUAGGCAUAUCAGAGAAGCAGUUUGUAAACAUUCAUCAGACUCAUGACUGUUUGAGAGGACACGGCCCCACCGUGGCCCAUGCACUGUAUCCAUUUCCCUCCCUGUCCUCCUUAUCCCUCAAGCUGACGCAAAACCCCAGACACCUACCCCCCCUCCCCCACCCCCACUCCCAUCCGGUUCCCAGUGACUCGCCUCCUCCUGCCAUGGUGUCCGGCACAGAGACCGUGCACUACAUCCACCUCCACAACUCCAGCCAAUCAGUGCUGGAAGCCCUUCGCACACAACGGCGUGAGGGCCUCUUCUGCGAUGUGACCGUGCGAAUACAUGAUGCCUCCCUGCGUGCUCACGCCUGCGUUCUGGCAGCUGGUAGCCCCUUCUUCCAGGACAAGUUGCUGCUCGGUCAUUCUGAAAUCUCUGUUCCGCCGCUGGUGCCCGCUGAAACCGUGAAGCAGCUUGUAGACUUCAUGUACAGUGGCUCGCUGGUAGUGCUGCAGUCACAGGCCCUGUGCAUCCUCACUGCUGCCAGCAUCCUGCAAAUUAAGACGGUCAUUGAUGAGUGCACUCAGAUCAUCUCUCAGAGGAAGGCAGCGGCAGGGGCAGCAAGUGCAGCAGCAGCGGCCGCCGCAGCUGCUGCUGCUGGAGGAGGAAUGCUUGGAGGGGUCCUCCCUAAACAAGAGGAGCGUGGCGGGGGGAAAGGGAGAGAGAGUGGCAGCAGUGGAAGCUGUUCUGUUAGUGGGGGUGGGGGUUACGCCAACUUCUCUAAUUUCAUGGCUGAAUGUGGAGGUGGUAACAUGGCCGGUGGGUUAGGGGGUGCCAACGUUAGCGUCAGUGAUAGCGGCCCAGGCCCAAUGGAUCAAGCUAACACUGUAAGCCUGAUGGCACUUGGAGACAUGGGCCCCGGUGCCAUGUGUGGUGGUGACGCGAUGGGCACCGGGGGAGGUGCAGUCCUCAUGAAGCAGAGCUCAAGCUGUACUCAGGACGUAAGGUACAAGCUCCGAGACCUGUUGGCACAGACAGCCAAUGGAGCCAGCACAAGUAGCACAGGGAACCUCUCAGCGGGCUGCAGCUCCGGUGUGGCCAGUGUGGACAGCAUUGGCAGGGACAGCCUCCGCGGCAACACAACUGACCUCUCUGAUGACCUUGUGGGGAUAGACCGAUACAGCGAAGAGGAGGACUUGGAUGGGAGAGACAGGGGAAGAGAUGGAGAUAGAGACAGGGGGGCGAGCCACAGCCGCAAGCAGAGGCAGCCGCUAAGACUCCAGGUGCUGGGAGGAGAGGGAGUAGUGGUGAAGGAUGAAAGUGUACAGGAUGCAGAUAGGACUGUCUAUGCCUUGGAGGAUGGGAGACGAGAUCAAGAGCAGGAGGGCUCCCAGGAAUCCAUGGCAAGCUUUGGACAGGAUUUCUAUGAUGAGCAGGGCGUGUUUUCAGAGAGUUUUUGGCCCCAGAGUGAGCCCCCUCAAGCCAUGGCUUUUAACCCCAGAGGAAGGGUCAAUAAACCACUGACUCCACCUCCAACCACCCAGGCCAUCAACAACCAGCUUCUGUUCCAGUACCCAGUGAGCCAGUCGCAGCCAGCUCCGUUCUAUGUGGGCGGGCCCAUGGGUGGGAUUGACACCAUGGCGGGGACAGAGCCCAGUCAGCAGGCUCCACCCCCAGCACCGAUGACCCCAGCUCCGCCACCCUCCACCUCUUCCUGCUCCGCAGGGCCCUCACCUUCCUCCCAGGGAUCUGAGACCUCGUUCGACUGCACGCACUGUGGCAAAUCUUUACGUUCCAGGAAGAACUACAGCAAGCACAUGUUCAUCCACUCCGGUCAGAAACCUCAUCAGUGCUCCAUCUGCUGGCGCUCCUUCUCCCUGCGGGACUACCUCCUCAAACACAUGGUGGUGCACACUGGUGUCAGGGCCUUCCAGUGCACCAUGUGCGGCAAGCGUUUCACCCAGAAAAGCUCGCUAAAUGUGCACAUGCGCACCCACCGUGCCGAGCGCACCUUCCAGUGCAACGUGUGCCACCGGGCCUUUACUCACCGUACCUUGCUGGAGCGCCAUGCCCUGCAGCACGCCCACCACGCCCCGCAGACCCCAGGUCAAGGCCAGGGGCGUGGAGCCGACAUGACCUCACCUACCAAGCACAGCCCUCCAGCUAUGGGAGGGCACUCAGGUAUGGCUGGCGCGGCUGGCAUGGUUGGCAGUAUGGCCAACAUGCAGAGCCACGGAGCUUCCUCCACCUAGAGAGAGGGGGGAAGGAAGGGGGGGGGGGGGGGGGGGUUAUGAUCCCAUUCCUUGAAUCAACAAUUUGCUCCUAACAGCCUUGUUGAUCUUUUGUUCUGAUGGAAAGAGCGCCAUUUUAGCUUAAUACCAUUUUCAGUCAGGGCUCCUACACAGGACUGGAACGCCUUUUAAGAAAAAAAAAAAAAGUACUCUUACGGGUAUUUUUGAAUAGCACAGAUAUUAUGGGAAAAUCUGGCUGGAAAAAAAGUCAUUUUCUAGAAACCUGUUUGACCUAGUCGUAGCUGUAAUUCGUGUUGUCACAUCAGUUCCUGUGAGGACUAACCAUAAGCUUAUAGAGCAAUGUCACGAUAAUCAUGCCUUGUUGAAUAGCCAUGUUUCUUCUUUUGUGUAAUAACUGAGACUUGUGUAGGAGCCCUGUUUUGAAAAGACCAGAGAGUCACCAAAGAGGUUAGGAAAACUGAGCAGGGUUUGGGAGUGGGUGAGGCUAAGGAAAGUUGUAGCGUUUCUUUUUUUUUUUCUAAGUGGAGGUGAGGGUGGGAGUGGACUAACAUUUGGAGUUUUAAGGAGAUGCAAGUUAGGGAAACAGGGAAGGAUAGGUCGGUCGGUGAGUUUACCAGGUUUCAUUCACUUUCAAUUCAUUUAAAUGAAGUUUGUGUCAGUUCAUGCAAAUUACCAAAACAUAAGCAUGUAACCAUAACCCAAUGUGGUUGUCCAAUGAGGAUGAUUCUAUACGUAGAAUCUUUGAAGCAGCAGAUUGGAAAAGUGCUUGAGGGUUUUUUUUUUAAUUUAGUAUUUAAAUGUGUCACUAUAAAGUCAAUAUUACAGAAAAGGGAAAAUUUGAGUAGUAAAUUGUUAGAAAACAGUGAAUGUGCUACAUGUGAGCACAGAGUAGGAGAAGCUAACCCAAUGCAGACGGCUAGUAGAGGUUUAGCUAGCACUUUAGCAUAGAAGCUAACAGAUAAAUACAGUCUCAGUUUCGUCUUUUUUUCUUAUUUGUUUUAAAUGAUCAUUUAAAAGUUUUCACAAUUCCAUUAGCUAUUUUUAGCUAUUAGCUAUUGUUUAAUAUUAAAAGCUAAUGAUAGCAUUAGCCACAUUUAGCUAUGCUAGCAUGUAUAACAGUUCUUGCAAGGAACAGUUAAAGUUAUUUGCAAGCAAUAUUCAGAGAAUUAUCACUUCUUUCUCUACUGUUUAACUACCUUUUGUGGUGGUAAUGUUUUUGUUUUGUUUUUUUUUUCAUCAAAGCCAACACUGACUUUCUAUAUAGUUUUAUAUAGAAUAAUUUUUUACCUGUAACUUCUACAUUUAUGGUUUGGUUUAGUGCAUUACUUUAGAUCAAGUUGGACAAUAAUAGAAAAAAUAAUAAUUUAAACAAUUUAAGAGCACUGAUGUUGAUUUAAAUAUAAAGAAUUAAGUGUUGAUUACGUGUUGUUCAGCAGCUGAAGUUUAUGGUUCUCACAUCAGUUCUCAGGAGUAACGUACACAUGGGCGCAUUCUCUUUAGCAAAACAUUUUGCUUGCCUUUUACUUUCAAAACACCCUCAGCGCCUCUUUUUUUCACCCGGUUUUGAGUUUUGCGUAUUUAAACUUGAAAAAAAAGAAUACACUUACUGAGUUAAUUGAAUUGAAUGUGAAUGGAGCCCGGCACUAUUCAGGAGCAACCUUUGAUGACAAAGAAGCGUGCUGAUGAAUGAAUCGAGGAAGAAGGAAAAUAGUCCGAGAAGAGUGAGAAUACAGCAGGGAAUGGGGGAGGGAGGAAGAGGCGGGUUGUAUGAUGCACAGCAGUGUGAAUGAAAUUCACCAUCAUCCAUCAGACCGCUUUGUAACAUUUUCCACAGGCGCCACCGGUCGGCACCAGGAUCAUAUACCUCGAACCAGAACGAGCCCCCGAUGGCUCAGAGGGACACUAGUUACUCAUUUGAAAUGUUUGCUAAACAUUUCAGCAUGUUUUACACACAGACACGCACACACACACACACACCUACAAUUACCUCGGUGGUCCAAAGACAGGCAUUAUGCUUCACAUCUUUUAAGCUACAUCAAACGAAGAAACAGUGAAAACUAAAGCUAAGAUAGAUCCAUAUACUUUUUAAAAGCUUGCUAAAGUACUUAUGUGUAAAAUUCCUGUACAUCACUAUAACGCUCAGUUUGUUAUUUGUCGCUCAUGUGAUUCUUUGAUGCAAAAAUAAGGCAGAAAAAAAACAACCUAAAAGCGAAAGAGCCAUUCAGAGGAAGUUAAACUUGGAUGAAUAUCAAUGACAAAUCAGUGACCAUUAUCAGGAUUUUUAUUAAGUGUUUGGUUUUGUUUGUCUUUUGGGGCUCUGGUUGAUAAUAAAUGGGAAGUGUUUGUUGCUUAAAAAAAUAAAAGCUUUUCUUACAGCACUAUAAAAAAAAAACAAAAAAAAACAAACAACUUUUGAUGUUUUAGUAAGACUAAAUUAAUCAUAAAACUGUACAAUCACCCCUUCAAGUUUUGACCAAGUCGAACUAGUGAUAAUAUUAAUUAUCACAUUAAUAUUUAUUAGGAUUUGAUCUCUAUGCACAGUUAAGUUUGCACAUCAUGUUACUUAGACCUAAUGUUGCUGUCCCCUAAAAUAUUUGGCCCGAGAUUGUUUUUGUUUUCUUUUUCAGUACCUUAAAGGUACAUAAAAAGACCUUAUGUGUUCCUGCUUUUUGCUCAUUUUCCUCAAUGUUUGUUAGCUGAAGCAUUAUAUGAUAUUCAGUAGUUUACUUAAGCUUUGUAAGAGCCUUCUAAUUGACAUGAUUUUAUAAGUGAACCUCUCAAAAGUGAGACAUUUUGAGCUUGAGAACUUUGCAAGUGAUUAGAUAAUUUGACAUUUAAAAAAAUCUCUUUAAUGUAGACGUCUUUUAAAAAAGUGAAUCCAGGAAAGAUACAGAUUUGGAUCCUUUCUGCCUAGGCUUCACUAUAAAUAUUGACAUGAAAUGUCCCACAUAAAUGUGUAAAACGACUGCUUAUUUACACAGAACAGUCCUGGCAGCAUGUGUUCAUUGGCUUCUGAACAUUGCAAGUGAAUUUGCAGACUCAGUACAUAGUUUCUCCAGUGUUGUGGAUAGAAGAAGAGAUGCUGGACUGAAACUCCUCCAACUGCCUGUUGGUUAUAAGCUAUAUAU